AUGGUCUGUCCUGAUGGCGGAUGUGGGGCGGCUGGCGCCGAGGCGUGUGCGGCAGGAGUGGGCGGGUGUUGCUGGUUCUUUGUCGAUGACGCCGGGAAGGAGCACUGCUCCAACGAGCCGCCACCGCUCGAGCUGGCGGUGACAGGCGGCGAUCUGGUACGGACCUGCCGGUGCGUGCUUGACAGCGACAGUCCGUGUGCCGCGUGCAAUGCAUCGCAGCCGUGUGUCGCCUGCAAGGCGGGCUACAGUCUUAUCGCAUCGAGCCAGUGCUGUACACUGGUCCCGGCGCCGAUUUACGACGACCACAACGACGGCCUGGUGGCGGCCAUUGUCAUCCCUCUUGUUGUCUUGCUCAUGUGUGGCUUGAUAAUUGCCUACACUCGGCGCGCCACGGCGGCGCCUGGCGACUCGCCGCAGUUUGCCUCGUACACCGCCGUCUACGGCUCGCUGCUCGCUUCCAAAGGUGACGCCAUUCAACCGACCUACAAGCGCGUCCGCACCGAUUCCGAGUACGCCCACUACUCGCACUUUGCCUCGGUCGGCGCCGACGCCUCCAUCCAGUCGCCGGUCGAGCGGUAGCUUAAACCCAGCUCGGCUCUAC